AUGGCGUGGUCGGUCGGCCUGCCCUGCUUCUGUCUUGAGAGCGCAGAGUCUCAGCAAGUGAUCUUAGAAUAUCUCAGAGCUGAAUUGACGAAGCAGGUGAGCUGCGAUUUUUCCAACCCCGUGGACUGUGGCUGGUUCCCGGAGCGUCAGGCCGCCGAUGUUGAAUGGGUUCUUUACACUGGCGGCAAUGGUUUGCCUCGACCAAUGUGGCAACCGCCGUUUUCUCUUGCACCCAAUGGUACGUUCAUGGUGGCACGAAGCAAGUUCCCUGUGAUAAAGAAGGCUCACCUCGUUUCAAUUCGCAUGGGCCCCACACCAGAUAGUGGGCGAUGCUUCACCUUCUGGUACAACAUGUGGCAUCCAAAUAGUGGGGAGCUAAACCUGCUUCAACGUACGGGCAAUGAUUCAACCAGCUUGAUCUGGCGUCGCGUUGGACCACAAGGCAAAGAGUGGAACCUCGGCGAGGUGCAACUAUACAGUGACGAGCCGCACCAGCUGGUGAUGGAGGCUGUUCUGAAACCAAACAUACCUGGCGUAGUAGCCGUAGAUCUUUUCACUCUCAAGGAUGGCCCGUGUGACACCAAGAAAGUGUGCACUUUCGAGUCGGGCACGUGCGGUUGGCAGCUUCACAACUGGGAACUGACGAAAAGCAGCAGUGUCGCGUUACCUCUCGCAGACCACAGCAAUCGGGCACCUUCAGGUAGCUUUGCCAUGGUGAAAUCCCCGGGUGGCCGCAUGCUAAGCCCCCAGGACUGGUUUGACACGACUCAGAACAAGUGUCUUCGCUUCUGGUUCUUUCUUUCCGGCACCGGGGCUGAGACUCUUAACGUCACUCGGGUACUAAAGCUGAACAGUGAGGAGGCCCUGUGGUUUCAAACAGCAAAUGACGCGCCGUUGAAGAUGUGGAAUUCCGCUGCAGUCAACCUUACCAGCCAUCAAGGGGAUGUUUUCACGGUGUUCGAAGGGGAGACGUCCGGUGACCCCGGCACUGUCGUUGCCGUCGAUGAUAUUGCACUGGGCGACACACAUUGUCCGACAGCAGGCAGCUGUUCGUUCGAGGAAGACAUGUGCAACUGGUACAACAGCAAACCCCUUGCCUACGCACAGUGGUACCGACACAAGGGCUACACGGUAUCUUCCCUGAGCAGGCUCGAGAAAGACCACACACUGGGCACUAAAGAUGGAUACUACCUGCUUCUGGACGCUGAGGACCAAGUUGCAAUACCGGUUGGAAUUUUGAAGAGCCAGGUUCUUGCCUUGGGUUCCGUAGUGUGUUUCCAGCUCUAUUACCACAUGCAAAAUAAAAAAGCCUGGCUGAAUGUUACUUUUGUUGAAACAUCCGGGUCGCCCUCUGGCGAGCACACUACAGUUCGUUCCACGAGUUCUAUCUACUGGACGUUGCUUUCUGUUGAGCGUGACGACCUGCCCGAUUCGUUCUCGGUUGUGAUCACCGCGACGGCCGGAAAGUUUGCGGGCAACGUUGCCAUUGAUGACAUUUACGUGCGAUCCGGCAAGUGUGCAACAGCAUCGGAAGGUACAAGUGCCCAACCAUCUCAAGAACCAACAGUUCUCACGAAAGAAGCUACUGAAACAACAGUGACAGAAACAACAGCCCCACUUCCGACAGAACCAUCACCAGAGUGCUCUCGCGGUGAAUUCAGCUGCAGAGACGGCGCCACCUGCAUUCCAGCAUUGCUAACAUGUGAUGGCGUUGCUGAUUGUCCUAAUGGAAUGGAUGAAAGAUGCAGUAAGUGGCCGCCUGUGUGA